AUGCAACAUUUCCUCGCGCAACAGCAGCAGCAGCAGCAGCAGCAGUACGGCGACUGGCCCGCUCAAGCUCAAGCCCAUGGCCAUCACCAGCAACCGCAGCACCAUGUAGGCCAGCACGGACAACACCAAGCCCAGGCCGCCCAGCUGCACGCUCAACAACAACAGGCCCAGGCCGUCCAGGCGGCUGCCCAGCGACAGUACCACCAACAACUCGCCGCCAGCAAUGGCACCACCCUUCCCGGCAACAACGCCGUCCCCCGCGGCCCCGCGAACGACGUCCAGACCACCGAUAUCGGAAUGACGGAGGAGAACAGGCGCGUCUUGGAGUGGAUAGCCCAGCUCAUGAAGCCUGCCACGCGUGAGGCUGCUCUUCUGGAAUUGAGCAAGAAGCGAGAACAAGUUCCGGAGUUGGCUCUGAUUCUCUGGCACUCUUUCGGUGUCAUGGCCUCGCUCCUCCAAGAGAUCAUCUCCGUCUACCCUCUGCUCAACCCGUCGCAAUUGACCGCUGCCGCUUCUAACCGUGUGUGCAACGCUCUUGCGCUUCUCCAGUGUGUCGCUUCGCAUACCGAAACUCGCGGCCUAUUCUUGAGCGCGCACAUCCCGCUCUUCCUCUACCCGUUCCUCAACACAACGUCCAAGUCGCGGCCUUUCGAAUACCUGCGUCUUACAUCUCUCGGUGUCAUUGGCGCUCUCGUGAAGAACGACUCUAGUGAGGUUAUUAACUUCCUCUUGACAACUGAGAUCAUCCCGCUUUGCCUGCGUAUCAUGGAGACUGGCUCGGAGCUCAGCAAGACAGUGGCCAUAUUCAUCGUUCAGAAGAUCCUGCUAGACGACAUCGGUCUUGCCUACAUCUGUCAGACCUACGAGCGCUUUUAUGCUGUCGGCACCGUACUCAGCAACAUGGUCAACCAACUUGUGGAGCAGCAAACCGUUCGCCUGCUCAAGCACGUUGUUAGGUGUUUCCUUCGCUUGAGCGAUAACGCUCGCGCUCGCGAGGCGCUUCGCCAGUGCUUACCAGAGCCUCUCCGCGACGCCACCUUCUCCUCUGUUCUUCGAGACGACGCAGCCACUAAGCGCUGUCUUGCUCAACUCUUGAUCAACCUCUCUGACAACGUCGUCGAUGCCGCCAACAACCAGCAGCUCAUGCACUAG